AUGGAGCAACCACGGCGCUGGCACGACGUGUUUUGGUUAGGGAUAUUUCUGAUCCAUUUGGUUGGUUUGGGAUUAGUUCUUGGGGUUUUAGGCCUCAACAGGUUCAAGCAAAAGAACAGGCUUGACAUUGACAAGUACACCUACCGGUUCAUGGAGAAUGAGGCUGGUUUGACGGAGGAUUACUGGCCGCUUUACGCGGUGGCCGGAGGAGUUGGAACCGCCCUUGGAUGGAGUUGGUUGCUGCUAUUAGGCUCACGCGCUACCCAGAUGAUGAAGGUGUCUGUGCACAUCCUCACUACUUACCUUGCAGUGAUCAGUGUUUUGUGUUUCUGGGCUGAGCAGUUUUUCUGGGGAGUUGCCUUUGCUAUUGGAGCAGCACUGCAGUUUUUGUAUGUGAUUUCUGUCAUAGACAGACUACCAUUUACAAUGUUGGUUCUGCAAAAAUCUGCCAAAAUGAUAUGGAAUCUUCCUGAGGUCAGGAGAGUGGCAUGUGCAUUUAUGCUUGUUGUGCUUUUAUGGAUGGCCUUGUGGUCAUUUGGAGCUGCUGGUGUCGUGGCUUCAAGCAUAGGUGAUGGUGGACGCUGGUGGCUUCUUGUGGUCCUCUCUGUAAGCUUAUUUUGGACAGGAGCUGUGUUUUGCAACACUGUGCAUGUCAUUGUGUCUGCCACAGUGGUUCGUGUUACUAUCCAUGGUGGUAGAGAGGCUGCGUCAAUUCCUGGUAACCCCUUAAUGAAAUCUUUACAGUAUGCUUUAACAACAUCUUUUGGCAGCAUUUGUUAUGGAUCAUUAUUCACGGCUGCAAUUAGGACACUACGAUGGGAGAUCAGAGGAAUCCGGUCAAAGAUUGGCAACAAUGAGUGUUUGCUUUGCUGUGUUGAUUUCCUCUUCCAUCUUGUGGAGACUCUCGUCCGUUUCUUUAACAAAUAUGCAUAUGUUCAGAUUGCUGUUUAUGGUAAAAGCUUUAACCGAUCUGCUAGAGAUGCAUGGGAGCUAUUCCAGUCAACUGGAGUUGAAGCAAUUGUGGCCUAUGAUUGUUCAGGUGCUGUGCUUCUAAUGGGAACCAUUUUUGGGGGGCUGAUAACUGGAACUUGCUCUGGUGUUUGGGCCUGGAUUAAGUGGACUGACAGGGCUUUCAUGAUUGGGUCGACAUCUAUGCUCAUGGGGAUGGUAUUGGUUGGAAUAGCCAUGGUUGUGGUGGAAAGUGCUGUUACAUCCAUAUACAUAUGCUAUGCAGAAGAUCCCUCAUUGAUUCAGAGAUGGGACACUGAGUUUUUCGACCACAUGUCUGAGACACUGCGCCAACGACUUCAGCAUAGGAGUUCACGUGCAAGGGAAGUUUUAACCCUCAAUCACCUUGAGUCACGUAUGGGAGAACACUCUUCUAUUUGA